CGGAUGUUGUAGGAAGGGGAAAUGACAAAAAAAAUCAAGGAAGUUUCUCAGUUUCGGAAUAAACAAGACAAAAUGGCUGUGUGAAAAUAAUCUGCAGGUAUCAUAAAGCGCGUUUAAGAUCUCAACAGUGUGUAGAACAGAACGGGUCCGUGUGCGGUAUGUGUGACGUCACGGCGGACACGCUGGUCCGGAGCCUCCGUUUCACAACACUGAGGAGACUGUCUGAUCUACUGGACCCACAGGACACAUGGAGGACCGUAAUGAUGGACAUCAAGAAACCCACUGGAGAACCCAGAUAUACACAGUUACACAUCAGGAGGUUCGAUGCAGCUGUGCUCCAAGGUAAAAGUCCCACUACUGAGAUGCUGUUUGAUUGGGGCACCACAAACUGCACUGUCAGAGAUCUGGUGGAGAUCCUCAUCCGACACAAGUUGUUUGCAGCAGUCAGCGUCCUCCUGCCAGAUAAGAUCUGUCAGCUAGAUAAAGCAGGCUCCACUUUUGCAUCAAACAUCACUUUACCUGAGGAUGACAUCAGAAAACGUGAACAGACAGAGACACCAUUGAUGGAGCCUGAUAGCACCAAUAGACCAGAGGAGACCUCAGAGAGUCUAAACUCAUGGAGCAGCAGUGAAGGUUCCUACGGGUUCACUUACGGUGAGCUGACAGUCAUCACAAGAAACUGGGAUGAUCGUCCCGUGUCAGAGGGAGGGUGUCGACUCGGAGCUGGUGGCUUUGGUGUCGUGUUCAGAGGGCUCAUGGGAAACAAACAUGUGGCCAUCAAAAAACUCAACCCUAUGGAUGACAGUUCACCUGAAGACCUAAAGAUUCAGUUUAAUCAAGAGAUUCAAACACUCAGAAGUUUAAAACAUGAGAAUCUGGUGGAGAUGGUCGGGUAUUCCUGCGAGGGCCAGAAUCUCUGUUUGGUCUAUGCUUAUAUGCCCAACGGGUCUCUGCUGGAUCGACUGGCGUGUUUGGAUGGAAGUUCUUCUCUCACGUGGCAGACGAGAUGUUCUGUCGCCAUUGGAACAGCCAGAGGUCUGGAGUACCUGCAUUGUAAUAAUCACAUCCAUCGUGACGUGAAGAGUGGAAACAUCUUGUUGAACGAGUGCUUCGUUCCCAAGAUCUCAGACUUUGGUUUGACGCGAGCUUCAGGCUCAUGGUCGUGUUCAACGGUGAUGACGGGGAGGAUUGUGGGAACUACAGCAUACAUGGCACCGGAGGCUCUGAGAGGAGAGAUUACACCUAAAUCUGACAUCUUCAGCUUUGGCGUGGUGUUGCUGGAAAUACUGUCUGGACUUCCUCCAGUCGAUGAAGGCCGUGAUCCCAAAUUACUGAUGGAGAUGAAGGAUGAGAUUGAUGAUGAGGAGAUCUCUCUAAAGGACUUUAUUGAUCAGAAGAUGGAGGACUGGAGGAUGCAGGAGCUGGAGAAGAUGUAUGAUGUAGCAUCUCAGUGUCUGUGUGAGAAGAAAAACAAAAGACCCCUGAUCACAGAGGUUGUUUCUGCGCUGGAAGAUUUUUGCCAAAAUCAUUCCCAAAGUUUGUGAUGAAGACACACGUGUGAUGUCGGUUUAAUCGUCGGCGUCGUCUCCCUCGCCCGGCGGUCGUGUGAUCCUGCGAUCUCCCCUCCUGCCGGUCGGCCCGCGGGGUUUGGCGAACGCCUGCUUGUGUGCGUGUUGUUUGGGAUGAACUUCGCUGUAU